AUGUCGCCUGGUAAUGAUCACAUUCCAGACGCAUCGUACCUGGUCUUUGCUGCGCGUGCCAGUGACACCGCAAGGUCUUCGGAGGAAAAUAUGACAAACGACAACAGUGAAUCUGGCCCGGAAGGCUCUGAUAGGACUCUUCGCGACUACGAUGCUGAGAACGGCAUAUCCCACUCGGACCGGCACUAUACCCAGCCGCAUCAGUCUGUCGGGUUCUGGGAUCAUCGCAUGAGUAAAGUUCGAGCACAUGUCCUGCGAUUAUGGGCCCAAACAGUCGUCAUUAUUCUCUGCUUCAUCAUGGCCGUCCUGGCGCUAUAUUGGGCUGUUCUUUUCAGCGUGCAAGACAACAUGCGCUCCUUGACCGUCCAAGUCGUGGACUUUGACGGCCAAGUCGCCCCUUACGAGAAUGUGGAACCUCUCAUAGGCCCGAUGAUAACCAGGUUGGCCCAGCAGACAGUAGACAAGAUUGAAGAGCCCUCACUCGGCUACACCGUGGUCCCGCCCGCGGACUUCGACUACGAUCCUAUCGCAGUCAGGCAGUCAGUGUACGACUACCACAGCUACGCGGCCAUCAUCAUCAAUCCUAAUGCGACGGCGUUACUGACCGAGGCCAUCGCGAGUGGGAACACCACUUACGAUCCCACGGGGGCGAUUCAGAUGAUCCUCUUGUCGGCACGCCAGGAGACGACAUACUCCAACUACAUCGUCCCCCAGUUUGAAACAUUCACCAAGAUGUUCAUGUCCCAGUUCGGGCCCAUGUGGGCGCAGCGCCUCGCGAGCAACGACUCGAUCACCAAGGCGAUGCUGGGCGCGGCGCCGAGCGCCGUGAACCCGGGCGUGUCGCCGCUGACGAUCGACCUGCGGCCGUUCCAGCCGGCGGCGGCGACGCCGUCCGUCACCAUCGGGCUCAUCUACCUGAUCAUCCUGGCCUUCUUCUCCUUCUCCUUCUUCCUGCCCAUCCACCAGAAGUACAUCACGCCGCAGGGCCACCCGCCGCUGCACUUCUGGCAGUUCAUCGUCUGGCGCUGGUUCGCCACCGUCGCGGCCUACGUGCUCAUCUCGCUGGCCUACUCGCUCGUGUCGCUCGCCUUCCAGAUCCCCUUCUGGACGCCGCCGGGCUCGCCCGUCGACGUGGCCUUCAACGCCACGGCCUACGGCCGCGCCUCGUUCGUCGUCUACUGGCUGGUGAACUUUGUCGGCAUGAUCGCGCUGGGGCUGGCCUGCGAGAACGUGGCCAUGAUCGUCGGCCAGCCAUGGACGGCGCUGUGGCUGAUCUUCUGGGUCAUCAGCAACGUGGCGACGGCUUUCUACUCGCUCGACCUGGCGCCUGGCUUCUUCAGGUGGGGCUACGCCUGGCCGCUGCAUAACAUUGUCGAGGCCAGCCGCUCGAUCAUCUUUGACCUACAUUCGAGGAUAGGAUUGAAUGUUGGCAUACUGUUUGCUUGGGUGGCAGUCAAUACCGCUCUGUUCCCCCUGUGUUGCUACUUCCAGCGCUGGAAGAUGGAGCAUGAUAAGAGGGCGGCUGAGAAGGACAAGGACCGAUAUGUCGUGCAGACAGAUGAAGGCGAGAAAGAAUUCUCAAAGAAGCAAGGAACCAAAGCGCCCUUGAUGAAGAGAGGUUUCAUGAGAGGAUUAUAG